GCUCUAAAAGCAGUUUCAUCAACUCUGAUAGUUGGUAGCAUCGUGAGUUGUUCAUUUUGUUGAUUUUGACAAUCGGUCACAUUUAGUUUUCUCUUAGGUUUAUUAAAAUUUCUGCGUGAUAAACAUUUGCUGUGUACUGGCCUACAUGGAAAAUACCAUAUGAUUAUCAGAUACGUUCCUAAUGCAAUUGAAUGUCAAUAUAUAAUAAUAGAUCAUUAGAAUGGGUCUAAUAUCCGAACCGUUCUUGUUUGUAUUAGCUUUAAUCGAUACCGGUUCGGUACUUUUCCUUUUGGUGUAUUUCGUCAUAACUUUAUCAGAUUUAGAAUGUGACUAUUUAAAUGCACAACAGUGUUGUUCAAAGUUAAAUACGUGGGUGGUACCAAAGUUAGUAGCACAUUCAUUUUUAGAGUUUUUAUUAUUAACACAUGGACAGUUAAUAUUGUGCUUGGUAAAUUUACCAAUGACAUUGUGGCUGCUCUAUGAAUAUUUUGGUGUACCAAGUGGCAAUAUGGGAGUUUAUGAUCCCACAGAGAUUCACAAUCGUGGCCAGUUAAAGAGGCAUACAAGAGAUUGUAUGAUCUAUCUUGGAUACUAUCUUAUUUUCUUUUUUAUUUAUCUUUAUUGCAUGAUUAUUGCAUUAUUAAAAGGGGAUCCAAUCAACAGGAAUGAAGAUGAAAUAUUACAUACAGAAUAACAGUGAUAACAUUUAAGCUUUUAUACAUCUUUGUCUUUUACUUCAGUCAUAUGUGAUCAUUUAUUUAUUUCUAUGUUAAUUAUGCCAAAUGAAAUUUUGUUAGAAUGGAUAAAAGAAGUAACCAUUUCCAAUCACAACUUAGGAUACCUUUAAGGACUAAGAUCCCUUGAAUAUAGGACUUCCAUGAGAUUGUAGAAACUCUUAUGUUAAUUUAAUUAUAAGCAUUACAUGUGAUAAGAAAGGAAAAUUGCAAUGUUGUAGUUAACAAAGGUAUUAUAGAUAAAACAGGAACUGUAAUUGAAAAGAAGUAAUCUUAUAACAAUUGUUAUAAGGAUAACACAAUAUUGCAUAAGUAUUAUAUACAAAGAAGAUUAAAUCCUUUGAAAUUUA